AAUGUUUAGUUUUGUGUAAAAUUUUUUGUUUAAUAAGUAAAUUUACAGUAAAAAUAUCGAUAUUUAAACUUUAAUAAGCAAAUUUUAGAAGUCGUCAAUAUAAAUAAAACAAUGGAUGAGGAAACUAUGAUGGAAUGUGAUAUGGACGAAACGAUUCAGGUUGUCGGCCCCUGCCAAAGUUUAGAGAAGCCAAAAACACACAAACGUAAAAAACUUCGUCGACUAGUAGAUUCCGGCGAUAUGGAAAAAAAUAAAAUUAAAUCAGCCAACAAAUGUAAACGUAUUUUAAUAGUUUUAACUUUAAUAACCUUUACUAUCGCCCUACUAAUGGGUCAUUAUUUUACACAAAAUAAUUCCAACACAAAACAAAUGCUCAAAGAGUUUAUUAAAAAUUAUCGCAAUCAAUACACAGAAAUAGUGCAUGGUAAAAAUAAUUACUGCGAUCAAAAGCAACAACUUGACACUGCCACAUUAUUUGCAAGUAUAAAACAAAAUCGUAUAUUGCAUCAGGAACAGGCAAUGCAAAAAAUUGAGGUGGCCCUACGAAAUGAAAGCGAUUUGAAUGCCAUUGCGCUAGUGGGACCAACAGGUGUGGGAAAAUCUCUAUUUAUAGAAGCGUUGCAGCAAAAUUUUCCCUGGCAUGAAAAUGUGCACACUUACGCCUGGAAUACUUAUGUCAAUGAUGAUGCUGAAAAAUUCCAUUUAAUAAGGAUUCUUAUAGAAAAUCUCUCAGAAUGCGGACACAAUUUGUUAGUCAUUGAGAAUUUGCAAGCCUGUGAUCAUGGUGCUAUACCCAUAAUCAAUCAGUUGUUGAUUGAAGCCAAUAACAAGCAACAGAAACGUGUUGUAUUAUUUUAUGUAUUUAAUUUAAAUACAAUGUUAACUGCACAAGCAUAUGCCACACAAAGAGAUUUAUUACAAUCCUUGCCCGAUUGCAAUAUAAUAAAUUUUAAAUCCUUUAAUGAGUCUGAUUUGAGAGAUUGUAUAAAACGUGAAGCUGAAAUUGAGAAUGUGACACUGAGAACACAAGACUAUGACGAAAUUGUUGAAACAAUUGAUCCCCUUAAAUCGGGCUGUAAAAAUGUUAAUGCCAAAGUCUUAAUGUAUGGCACACUUAAAACCAAAAAGGAUAUUUAUUAAUUAAUAUAUUCAUCUAUUUAUUAAAUCGGAAGACGACUGACAUUGUAGUUGUUAAGUAUUUUUAGUAUCUUUUAAAUAUUAUUUAAAUUUAUUUAUUUCUUAAUUAACAAUUUGUAAAAUAUAUUUUAUUAAAC